UUCAUCGUACAUUGCAAUGUUAGCUUAAGUAAAUAGAAAUACUUCUCUAGAGAAAGGGUCAACACGAAUACGAGAGAUAUUAACAGUUCAUCAGAUUUUUGGAGUAAAAAAAUAUAAGUACAGGACUUUUUGCACAAUGUGGAUUACUGUGGUCAUCAUUGUUGUGUUGGUCUGUUUGAUCUGCGGUCUUUCCAGACGACCGAAAGGUCUCCCACCGGGUCCUACGUGCUACCCCAUGAUCGGUAAUGUAGGACUCUUCAAACCCUCAGAAGCCCCGAGAGCUCACAGAAGACUAAGGAAGAUAUAUGGAGACAUAUACUCCUUAAUGUUUUUCUACAAACCUAUGAUAAUUGUCCAUGGAUAUCACCAUGUAAGGGAACUUCUGGCAAAACAUGGCGAUAUGUUUUCAGAGCGACCUAGGGUUCUUCCUUCUGUAGCUAUUGCUAAAGGAAAAGGAUUGAUCUGGUCAUCGGGUCCGUUAUGGAAGGAACAGAGGACAUUUGCACUGACAACGAUGCGUAAGUUUGGAUUCGGACGACGUUGCUUGGAAAGCCAGAUUAUGGAAGAAGUUGACUGUUUAAUGGAUGAACUAGAAAAAUAUGGACAAAAGGCUUUUGACAUUCAAAGCAUUCUGAACACCUCGGUGUCAAACGUUAUUUGUUCACUUUUAUUCGGUAAAAGAUUCGACUAUGAGGAUGAAAAAUUCAAGCGAUUGAUUUAUAUACUCAAUGAACUGUUCUCUACUGCCAAUGCUUCUUCAAUCGGUUUUCUUUUCCCUUGGGUACGCCAUUUUCAAAUUAGUACCACUCAAACGAUAAUGGAAAACACCAGUGCUAUGAGUGCAUUUGUGACUGAAAUGGUAGAGGAGCACCGACUUAAUUUUGAUGAGAACAAUAUCAAUGAUUACAUUGAUGCUUAUCUUCUGGAACAAAGUCAGAGAGGAAAUGAGAUAAACACGACAUUCACAGAUGAACAACUUGUAGUCAGUGUACGAGAUUUCUUUGGUGCUGGCACAGAAACUACUUCUACAACACUUCGAUGGGCGCUUCUGUACUUGAUACAUUAUCCUCAUUGGCAAAAAAGUCUCCAGAAAGACGUUGAUGACGUGAUUGGUCAAGCUCAGCCUAAGAUGGAACACAAAGAACAGCUGCCAAAGGUAGAAGCGUUCAUUCUAGAAAUUCAGCGCCUUGCAAAUAUAGUUCCCAUGAAUGUACCACAUGCCUCUAGCGAGGAUUUCGUGUACGAUGGACAUCUCUUCCUCAAAGGUGUCCUUAUAUUUUGCGUUUUAGAUUCUGUAAUGUCGGAUCCAGAAAAUUUCCCUGAACCUUCAAAGUUUAAACCAGAAAGGUUUUUAGACGAAAGCGGAAGAUGUCAAGGAGAGCAAAAAAAUAAGCUGAUUCCAUUUUCAAUAGGACGCAGAGUAUGUUUAGGAGAAUCGCUUGCCAGAAUGGAGCUUUUCCUAUUCUUCACCAGAUUUCUACAGAAGUUUGAGAUAAAACCAGAGGAUCCCGAGUGUUUGCCUUCUCUGGAGGGAACCUUAGGAAUAACCCACUUGCCACCAAACUUUAAAAUGAGACUUUCAAAACGUUAAAACUUAACAACUUUAUCCCCCAAAUUUUAGCAUUAUAGAAAGGCUCUAUGAAUAUUAAUGUUGAUGUAAUUAUCUUACUGUACAUUUGUAGAUUUAUCCUAAAUUUGAAAUACCAACAUGCCACAAGCUUUUAAAUAAGACUUUAAAAACGUUAAAAGUUCAGAUCUGAAGUUUAUCACUCAAA